AAACAAAUAUAUUUUAAUUUGUGCUAUUUGCGUAAUUAAAUGCGAUAACGAUAACGUAAAACAAUAAAUAUGUAUGAUGAAAGAGUUUCGGCUGAACAUACCUACUUUAAACAGAGCAUUUUCGUUAGUUAUCUUUGUAUUUGUAAGAUAAACGGCACUUGAGAGGAGCGUCAACAAGAUUUUUUAUCACUUUUUUAGAUAAGAGAUUUUAAUUAGUGUAGUAGUGCUUGAGUAUUGCGAGAAGCUAUAAUGGCGUACUUAAGGAAAUUAAAUAAUCUGAUACCGAUAUGCUUAACAAGUCACAGUGUGAGGUUCAAACAUGUGCAGAGCUUAAAACUGGAUAAACAUAUACGUCCCAUUGAUAAAGUUCUAAUAGCCAAUCGAGGGGAGAUAGCAUGUAGGGUUAUGAGAACUGCAAAAAAAUUAGGUAUAAGAACAGUUGCGGUUUAUUCAGAUGCUGAUAAACAUGCCAUGCAUGUUGAAAUGGCCGAUGAGGCAUUCCAUAUUGGGCCAGCACCGUCUUCACAAAGCUAUUUAAAUGCUGAAAAGAUUCUAGAAGUUGCCAAAAAGUCCAGUAGUCAAGCCAUACACCCAGGCUAUGGAUUCCUUUCAGAAAAUGUUGAAUUUUGUGAGAAGUGUGCAAACUCCGAUGUUAUAUUUAUUGGACCUCCUGCAUCAGCAAUAAGGGACAUGGGUAUUAAAAGUACAUCAAAAGCUAUAAUGUCUGAAGCAGGUGUGCCAAUAGUAAAAGGGUAUCACGGAGAAGACCAAAGCAUUGAAAAGUUGCAGGCUGAAGCCAAAAGAAUUGGGUUUCCACUAAUGAUAAAAGCAGUGAGAGGAGGAGGAGGCAAAGGCAUGAGAAUAGCGAUGAAUGAGUCUGAAUUUUUAACACAACUAGAAUCAGCAAAAACAGAAUCUCUCAAGUCAUUUGGUGAUGAUAACAUGCUGUUGGAACAGUAUAUUACUGAUCCUAGACAUGUAGAAGUACAGGUGUUUGCUGAUAUGUACGGUAAUGCAGUUCAUUUGUUUGAAAGAGACUGCUCUGUUCAAAGAAGACACCAAAAAAUUAUAGAGGAGGCUCCAGCACCGGGUCUAUCAGAGGAGACGCGUCAGGCGCUGGGCGCGGCGGCGGUGCGGGCGGCGCGCGCAGUCGGCUACGUCGGCGCCGGCACGGUAGAGUUCAUCCUCCACCGCACCACGCACGACUUCCACUUCAUGGAGAUGAACACACGCCUGCAAGUGGAACAUCCCAUCACUGAGAUGAUCACUGGCACAGAUUUAGUGGAGUGGCAACUGCGUGUGGCAGCAGGCGAGCCUCUGCCGCUAUCACAGGAAGAAAUUAUCCGACGCGGCCACGCGGUGGAGUGCCGGAUAUACGCUGAGGAGCCCGACGCAGGGUUCCUGCCGCGCGCUGGCAUGCUGAACAGACUGGUGCAACCUGCGCCCGAGGAGCAUGUCAGAGUGGAGACAGGAGUUCGCGAGGGUCAAGAAGUAUCAGUGCACUACGAUCCCAUGAUCGCCAAGCUCGUGGUGUGGGGCAAAGACCGGCACCAGGCGCUCGCCAAAACCAGGAGAAAGCUGUCCGAAUACCAAGUGGCCGGGCUAGAGACGAACGUAAACUUCCUCCUACGUCUGAGCGGCGACGCGUCGUUCGUGGCGGGCGACGUGCACACGGCGUUCAUACCGCAGCACCGCGAGCGGCUGUUCCCGGAGCCCCGCCUGCGCCCCCACACGGCCGUGCAGGCGGCGCUCGCCCAUCUUAUUUCAUCCCAAUCUGAAACAUCCGCCAAUGAUAGUUGGAAGGGAAUUAAUGUUUCGCCAUCCGCUUGGAGACCGAACUACAAUUUAGAGAAGACUGUGCAUUUGAAAUUUGGUGAACGAGACGUAAGAGUCCAAGUGCAGUACCUGGACACGCCCCACUCGUACAACGUGCGCGUCGACGGUGGCGAGUGGACGCGCGCCGAUGUGGCGGUGCGGCGCGAGGGGGACAGAGAUAGACUGAUCACGAAGCUCGGCGACCACACAAGUGAUGUUAGCGUCAUGACGUAUGCCGACGAGGUGCAUGUUUAUGACGAGAACGGUCAAACGGUGCUGCGUUUACCUCGGCCGAAAUACCAGAUUGAGUCUGAGGCGGCGGGCGGCGCGGCCGGCAACGCCAGCUCACCCACACCCGGCAUACUAGAGAAGAUACUAGUCAACAAGGGGGAUAAGGUUGAAAAAGGCCAGCCCCUAUUCGUGGUGAUCGCUAUGAAGAUGGAGUACGUAGUGCGGAGCCCUAGGGAGGGCGUCGUCGCCGACGUCGCGCCCUACAAGCAGGGCGACGCCAUAGGGAAGGGCACACAGAUUGUAAUCUUAGCAGAGGAGAAAGAAAAGUAAA